GCUUGGAUCCUCUUCAUCGUGAUGGAAUUGAACCUCUCUCCCUGAACAACCGUGCCGAGGCUACUGGGAAGAGAACUGUACACUAGGUCUAGUGUACCCAUCAAACGAACCUGUGAUCCGUUAUUUGAUCCAGUUGAUUGUUAAGAUCCCGACCCUCAACAAAGAAAAGAAAAGCCGCCGAGGUCCAGAACGACGCGCACCUUCUGUUUCCCACUCAUGCGCGUUUGUUUGGCUUCAGACGUGACGCAUAUUUUUCCUUGGACUGAGACCAGACGGACGCACGCAUACACACACGCACGCACGUGCCUUGCGCAGAAAGACGAAACCAGAAAGAAAAAAGAUCAGGUUUCGAAAUUAAAAAAGAAAGCCACAUCAGGCCAAAAGGGAUGGCAUCAACUCCCGCUCCCGGAUCGCUCGGACGUCACCCCGGCGAUCCGGAAAACGAUAGCGAGGGUAACUACCUAUCGGGCACGACGAGCGCGACCGAGACGGCACCACUUCUGCAGAACCGCCGGGACGGUACUGACUAUGACGGCCACCGCGGGACGAGCUCGCUCGGCAGCACGCUGACUAACGGAUCGACGACGCCGACGACUCAGACGACGCUGCAGCCCAGCGCCGGGGACGGCGCCGACGAGGAGGAUGCCGGCGAUGGGGAUGCGGACGAUGAUGAGCCGGCAGCGACCCUCUCCUCAGGCCGGGCCUUUGCGUUGAUCAUGAGCAUGUGGGUCCUCAUCUUCCUCCAGGCCAGCAACACUUCGGGCAUGACCAUGGCCCAGUCGGACGUAGCCGCCGACCUGGACGCGUACGAGUCCGCCAUGUGGUUCACGUCGUCCUACCUCAUGGCCAUGUCGUCCCUGGCCCCCUUGGUCGGCAAGCUGGCUGUCGUCUUCUCCACGGCCACCAUGGUUGUCGUCUCGUCCUGCGCCUUUUCCCUAGGUGCCAUCAUGUGCUCCCAGGCCACGACGUUUGCGGUCUUUAUCGCCGGCAGGGUCCUGUCGGGGGCUGGCGGCGCCGGGGUCAUGACCCUCUCAUUGAUAUUGGUUAUUCAGUACACCAGCAAGAAGCGCAGGGGAUUGUUUAUUGGCCUUGUUAAUGCUGGUUUUACCGUUGGCUUGUCGAGUGGUGCGAUUGUCUUUGGUGCACUUAUACCAGUGGUCGGUUGGAGAGCUCUCUUCUACCUCCAAGUUCCCCUAGGACUCUUGGGUGGUUUGGGUGUCUGGUUGAGCCUGCCACGGACCGCCAGUCAUGACGUGACAAAACCAGCUGGUCAGCAAAAGACCAUCUGGCAGAAGCUGGCUGACAUCGACUACCUGGGCGCCGCCACAAUGAUCAUCACCCUGGUACUCUUUCUCUACGGCCUAUCCGCCCCAACCGUGCAGUGGACGCCCAUCGCCCUCUCGGCCGUCUCCCUGGGACUCUUCCUCUACGUCGAGCACCACGUGGCGUCGGACCCCGUUAUCACGCUGGAAGUCCUGCGCAGCCGCGGCAUCCUGCUGUCCUGCCUCGCUCAGCUCGGCUUCAUGGCAGCCCGCUGGACCGUGCUAUUCUACGCCCCAAUCUUCGUCCUCGCCGUCCGCGGCCUCUCCCCCGCCGUCGCCGGCGCCACCCUCGUCCCGACCAACAUCGGCUUCGGCUCGGGCGGCCUGUUGGUGGGCUGGCUGCACAUCCGCCGCGGCGGCUCAUUUUGGCUGCCGUGCCUCAUCGCCCUGUCGCUGUUCGGUUCCGCCCUGCUAUGCAUUAGCUUCACCAGCAACGCCACGGCUCCGGCCUGGCUGUACGUGCUCGCCAUAUUCGCAAACGGCCUCUGCACCGGAGCAGGCCUCAACUACACCCUCGCUCACACCCUGCACCACGCCCGCCCCGGCGAGACCCAGUACGUCGCCGCCAGCCUGCUCGCCACAUUUCGCGGCUUCGCCGGCAGCUUCGGCACCGCCAUCGGCGGCGGCAUCUUUGGCCGCACCCUCAAGGCCCAGCUCGCCGAGGGCUUUCGCCGGCUGGACGGCAGCGGCGACGUGCUGAGACCCGGGAGGGAGAAGCUCAUCAACAAGCUUAUCGGCAGCCCCGCGCUCGUCUUUGGCGGCGACCUGUCGCCCCUGGAAAGAGUCAUCGCUAUUCAGGGGUACGAGGUCUCCCUGCGGGUCUUGUAUCAGCUCGCGGCCGCCCUCACCGUCUUGGUGGUCUUGGUUCAGGCGGGCACCGGGUGGACGGCGCCGGCGAGUAGGUUGGAGGAGGAGGAGACGAGGGAGAGGUUCAGAGAGGCGGAUGCUAACAUGGAAGCCUGAUGUUGAAUCAUAACCAAUAGGUUUUACAUCUGGUUUUUUUGUUUAGACGUAAGCUUUUGCUUGCCUAGAGGAGCAGUUUUAGACUACACGGAACACCCAGCGCAUGCGCAUAUAACCCGUUACAGAACCCCGG